AAUAAAUUUUGGACAAGUACGGAAGUCGUUGGAAAUGUCAUUAUGUUUCUUCAGCAUAUUUUGUUUUAGUGACAUUGAAAGCUCUUAAAUAGUUGAAUUCAAGAUGAACUAUUGACCAUGGCUACCGAGCAAGGGAAUUAUGGCAACGGGAUAAAGUUGUCUCAAGUUGCGGCCGAUAUCUUGUGUGAAUUUCUGGAGGUUGCAGUGAAUCAAAUUUUGUACAUCAGAAACUUGUACCCAUCUGGAAUUUUCGAUCGCAGGAAAAAGUAUAAUGUGCCGGUACAGAUGUCCCGCCAUCCAGAACUCAAUCAGUACAUCACAGACGUCAUUGCAGGAAUAAAACCUCUAUUGGUCAAAGAUGAAAUUCAGUGCAUCUCUGUGGUGAUCAUUCACGCACUGCAACAUCCAGUUGAACGCUUCGUCUUUGAGAUAGCGCCCCCAUCUUCAAGAUCGCUCAGCAAUGACAGCUUCCUAAUCAACAUAGAACAGUCACUGAGAGCCUUCCUCCUGAGAAUCAACACAUGUGAUGCUGCACUACAGUCUAACCCGCCAGACUGCUCCUUUAAGAUCCUCGUCCACACCAAGAGUUCGGCGGUCUUUUCCAUGGAAGAUAGUCAGUUUAUUCAGGAUUUUCCAUGGAUCGAAGCAGAUGAACAUCUCAGUGCAUUAAAAGAUUCUUCCAUGACACCACUCAAGAUGAUGUCUUCUGAUCUUAUCAAGAUGCAACUGUAUGUUGAGGAAUCUGCAACCAAAUCCUCCAUUGAAGAUCAUUUAUGACAGCUGGGAUAACAUCAUGUCAGUGUUUGUGUAAACCAAAAAUAAUUUAGAACAUCUUUUAAAGGUAGGGUCAUAGAUUGUUUUUUGUGGAUGUUAUGCUGAAUUGGUAGGCAAAAUGUUCAAUAAAGAUGCGAUUAAAGGCAGUGGACACUGAGUGUAAUAAUUGCUCAAAAUAAUUACUUGCAUAAAAACUUACUUGGUAAUGA